AUGGUGCCAUUGGUAGAUAGCCACUGCCACGUGCGGACGCGGCGGAGCGCCGCAGACGUGCUGGUUCUUGCGCCAGCAGCGGGCACCGCCCGCUGUCUGAUGUCCUGCAACGUGUACGACUGGGAGGCGCUUGCGGCGGCCGGCGCCGUGUGCAAGGGGUUCGGCGUCCAUCCGUGGUAUGCGCAUCUGUUUUGCCUGGGACCUACGUGCGAGAAGGCGGCCCACUACCGGGCGGUGCUGCAGGCGCGCGACGCGGGGGAGCUGGAGGCACUGAUCGCGCAGCUGCCGCCCCCCGUGCCGCUGGAGGCGCACAUCGCCGCCGGCAUGGCCGCGCAGCCGCAGUGCGUGGGCGAGGUUGGGCUGGAUAAGGUGUUCCGGCUGCCUGCGGGCGGCGUUUACGAGGGCGGCGGCGCGCUCACCAACGUGCGCAUCAGCGCAGACCACCAGCUCGCCGUAUUCCGCCGUAUGUGCGAGCUCGCUGCCGCGCAUCGCCUGCCGCUUUCGGUGCACUCGGUGCGGUGGCACGGUAAGGUGCUGGAUGUGUGCCGUGAGGUGCUGGGCGCAGACUCUCGCGUGAACGUGUGUCUGCACUCGUACUCGGGAGAUACGCACUCUGCCCGCCGUUGGUGUGCCGAGUUCGGAAGCCGUGCGUUCUUUGGUGUGUCGAACGCCCUCAACCUGCGCGACUACGACGCCGCGCUGCAGUUACUGCGCGCGCUGCCGCUCGACAGCUUGCUGACCGAGACCGACCACACGGUCGACGAUACCGACCCGGCGGCCCUACAGGCCGACCUGUUCGCGGUACUACAUGCGAUCCAGGACGCCCACGGACUUCCGUCGCUCGACGCCGCGCGCGUGGCCGUGUAUAGCAACUUCUGCAGAUUUCUCUCUAAGUAG